GGCCUGGCUAAUGCAAUUACCAGAGUCUUCCCUAACUCUGAGCACAGGAACUGUGCACGCCAUAUUCAUGGUAAUUGGAGCAAAGCACAUCGAGGGAUGAAUCUGAAGAAGUUGUUUUGGCAGUGUGCGAAGUCAACAUGUGAACCUCAGUUGGAAGCUAAUUUAGCUGAGCUAGAUAAGGCUGAUGCUCAAGCAGGUAUUGACUUACGCAAACACCCAUUCAAGUUAUGGUGUAAAGCUUUCUUUAGGGAUGCAGUGAAGUGUGACACAGUUGAGAACAACCUGUCUGAGGCCUUCAAUAGCACACUUCUAAAAGCAAGAUCCAAGCCUUUGAUCCCAAUGCUUGAGGACAUUCGUGUUGCAACAAUGAAAAGGAUAGCCAAGAAGAGAAAAUAUGUUCUGAAAUGGCCAGGUUCAUUUGGUCCAAUAAUAAUGAAGAAGCUGAAUACUAAUAUUCUAGCAAGUCAAGGAUGGAAUGUGGAUUUCAAUGGUGAUGAUGGAUAUGAAAUCAAGAAAGGAAGAGGGCAAUUCAAAGUCAGUCUUAAGAAGAGAUCAUGUUCUUGUAGAAGGUGGGAUCUCAGUGGUAUCCCUUGUGCCCAUGCCAUUUGUGCCAUCUAUGACAAGGGGGAGGAGGCAGAAGCAUACGUUGACAACUGUUACAGUAAGGAGAUGUACCAUAAAACUUACUCCUACACAUUGCAUCCUAUCAAUGGGGAGCUGUUAUGGCCUAGAACCCAGCAUGAAGAGAUCUUACCUCCUUUGCCAAAGAAGAUGAGUGGCAGACCCAAAAAGAAGCGUGUAAGGGAACAAAGUGAAGCACGUCCACCCAGUUCUUCACAACUCUCAAGAAAAGGGCGCAUCAUGACUUGCUCAUUGUGCGGAGGAGAAGGCCACAACAAGAAAUCAUGUUCUACUACUGCAGGUACAGUGACUCCAAGUGCAAGAGGCAGACGCCCAAGAGGAGGAAGAGGGAAGAGGGGCAAUACAAGCAGAAGGCAAUCAGGGUUUGGUGUGUAUGUCGAUGAAGCUACUGGUGAAACCAUUCUGGAAGUAAGUUCACACCUGACUUGUAUGUUUAAGUCAUUUCAAUUUGUGGCAAUGAUGUUUUCUCAUUUUGCUUUGUAUGUUAUAUGC